AUGUCCAGAAAGUUACUCGCUGUUGUACUGAUCGGCUUCGUUGCCUUCUCAGCUGUUUACGCUGAAGAAGAAAUCAAGGAGAAGAAUGAAACGGCUCCUGCUGUGGUCCGUUCCAAGAGACAAUGUUGCAACCAAGCUACAUCAAGCUGCUGUCCUCAACAACAGAAUGUCCAAUGUGUCCCAGUUUGCGUCCAACAAUGUCAAAGCUCCUGCCAAACCCCAGCUUGUCAGCAAACUUGUGCUCCAAGUUGCCAACAACAAUGCGGUGUUGUAGUUGCUGCUAACCCAUGCCAACAAUGCCAACAGACCUGUCAGUCUUCUUGCGCUACCCCAAUGUGCCAACAAUCCUGCCAGUCUCAAUGCGCUCCAGCUUGCGGUGCCCCAGCCCCACAGGUCAUUGUUCUCCCAGCUCAAGACCCAUGCGGAUCCUGCCAACAAACCUGCCAACAAUCCUGCACAUCCAACAACUGCAACUGCCAAGCUGCCUGUGCCCCAGCCUGCCCACAACAACAACAACAGGUUAUCGUUGUCCAAGCUCAAUCCAACCAAUGCCAAAGCUCCUGCAACAACCAAUGUUACCAAUCCUGCAACACCCCAGUCUGUCAGACUUCCUGCCAAUCUAGCUGUCAACAGGCCUGCGCUCCAGUCCAACAAUGUGCCCCAGCCUGUAUGCCAUCAUGCAACCAACAAUGCAUCCAACAGCAAUCUCAACCAAUCGUUGUUGUUGUCCAACAAAACGACCAGUGCCAGAACUCCUGCUCCAACCAAUGCAACAACGCUUGCUCUACCCCAGUCUGUGUCCAAUCUUGCACCAACCAAUGCCAAGCUUCCUGCUCUCCAUGCUCUUCCAAUGGAUGCAACAACAACAACAACCAGCAAAUCGUCGUUGUCCAACAACAAGAUAACUGCCAGAAUACCUGUCAGAACACUUGCAUGAACAACUGUCAAUCUACCCCAACCAUCCAGUGCGCUCCACUCUGUCAACAGACCUGCCAGCAGACCUGCCAACAAGCCGCCCAGAUUGUUGUCCCAUGCCAAUCUUCCUCAAGCGGAUCAUGCGGAUGCAACACCGGAUACACCCAAUGCGGAGGAUCUUGCUGCCGUCGCCGUUAA